AUGAAACACCUAAGACGUGAUCUCGAUCCUUUUUCAUUGCAGUUUCUCGAAGGUGGGCACAUCGCACAACUGGCCUAUUACCUCGAGGCUCUGAACGAGGCUCAGUUGGCCACCAGUGAUCAUCUCAUACUUUUGCUCAACUGUUAUUCACGACUUCAGGACAAGGCGAAAAUCAAUCGGUUCGUCGAGAACGAGAUCAACCCGAAUUUGAACGUCUCCACCGCAAUCCACGUACUCCGGCAAUCCAACUAUCCGNAAGCCGCGCUGAAGCUGGCUCAAGCCACAGGACAAUGUUCCUCUCAAGUGGCCAUCUUGGUCGAGGAUCUGGAAGAUGGUUUGGGUGCCCUCAAAUCUGUUGAAUCAUUCCCGUUUGAUGAGGUAUUUCAUGCACUUCCGUCUGAUCACGGACGUGCUCUUUUCUGUUUGGUCUACCAGUCUGUAUGUGUUCAACUGUCCGAGAUUGGUGAAAGGUCGAUAUUCUACGCGUUCUUGCUAAUGGGUAGAACAGACGGAAAGUUUAGUUGA